GGUUAUAGGUGUGAUGAUUAAGCCACAGAACCUUAAUGGAGAAGGAGAUGAAUCUCAGCCGCGUCAUCCACCUCAUUGCUCUUAUCCGAUCACCAUUAGUACUCUAGCUCGCCUAGGCAUGUGCUGGUGAUCUUAUCCCCAUAGUUUGCUUGCAUCCUAAGCGAAGCCCUCAACAAAAUCCCCAUCCCUCUCAGCCUUCUUCUCGUAUGCAUUUCAUCGAACACCUUGCGAUCACCCUCUCACCACCGCUAGAGAUCACCAUUGUGAGGCUCCCCGGCCGGAGCAGGAGGUUAGAGGGAGUGGAGGAAGAGCCGUGCUGCCGCCGUCGCCAUGGGGGAAGCCGGGUAGCCGCUGGACAUCAAGAAACGCCGUCGAGCACCUUACGUCGCUGCCGUUUGCCCCUGUCCUGCACCGCGUCGAGCUCCACUUCGCUGCGUUUCGCCAUCUCGCCAUCUCGCGGUCUAGACAGUGACACCGGGGGGCGCCGCGUCAGUCAGGUGAUCAUCAGCGCCCCCUCAGCGACGGGCGAGAUCUCGAUCCCCCUUUGCGAGAAGGGAACGGCCGAACGCGCCGCUGCGAUCAAUGCUCUCCCUCUGACGGACGUAAUCGGGCCACUCAUGGACCACCAGGCGGCAGCGUCGUUGAAGGAGAGCAUCGCCAAGGAGGCCUCUGACGCUGUUGCUGCCACCACGAGUGGUAGCAACGUCCCAAAGAGGGGAAGGAAAUUCUCCUCCGUACGAGGGACCCGUCGGAAAGCGAAAAACUCUACGGACUCGGACGCGUCUCCUCCACCUUAGCGAAGGCAAAGGUUGGUGACGAUCGGUGAGAAGGCGGCGCGGGCAAAGACGGCACAAGGUGGGACUGAUGCCGCUUUCAGCGUGUCCCCUGCGGCGACCUCGCUACUAAGGACCAGGAGGCGGCACGGAGUGGCCCUGCUGUCAGCCUCAUGCCUACCCGAGGCCCGUCCACCGAUGCCCUCACCUGGGAGGAGCUCCAAGCGGAGAUGGAGCGCAUCCUCUAGGCCGGUGCUCGCGGCGUAGGUCACGAGAUCGAGGAGGCCAGGGCGGCGGCGUCAUCGGCAAACCAACGUGCCGACUAGCUAGCGAGCGACCUGGCCGGAGGCCCACGAGGACCUCCUAAAGAUGAGGGAGCUAGUGGCCGGCAACGAGAUGCAGCGGCGCGGACUCGAGCACCGGAUGUCCGAGCUCGAGGGCCACAUGAUCGACAUCUGCGGUUCGCUGCGAACGUCAUUCACCAGCCUGCACCAACUCGCCGGGGAGUGUAGUGUCACGACUACCAUCCCGGCGCAUCCCGAUGAGUUCUCGCUGACGUCAUCGCUUGUGGAGCUGGCUACGGCGAUGGAGGAGAUCACAUCCAAGCACGCGGCUAGGAUCGGGGAGGAGACGUCCAACGGCAUCUACACCGGGGCGUGCCAUGUCCUUGCGUGCAUGAGGCUGGCAUAUCCCGAUCUGGACCUUAAGAAGGCUUUGGAUCUGGGGGCCGCUGAUGACGCACGCAAGGAUACGAUGGAAGAAGUCGGUGACUUGGGGGAGUCCGUCCUCCCCCUUUUUGAAGAGUAGGACAUUUGUUUUCCCUUGUACCCCUUAACCUUCAUGCUGUAAAACUUGUCUAUGGAUCCGAACUAUUCUUAUCUGAACAACUGUCUGAUGGUAUUUCUUAACGACAUUACUAGAAAUAUAAUUCCCAGCAA